AUGUGCUUCGCCUGCUCGCGCUGUGAAUACCCUAUCUGCGACUGCAGCAAGCUGCUGCUUCGUAAGGUCCCUCAGGGGCCGAGCGAAUACGCCUUUCACUAUAACCUGGAUGGGCUCCUCGACCUCGAGGAUGUGCAAGUCCCAUGCUACAGCGCGGCUGAGGUAGUACACACUUCGGCCGUGGUGUCCGAGUCUCUCAUGAAGUUUCCGAUGCCGCCUGCCGCGCUGGUGGUGGCCCUUGAGUCCAUUGUACAAUCUCGCAAACACUGGAUCCAGCAGCGUCAGAACAUGAAUGCCCGACUGCACGAGCGCGGCGUUGCGGCGUUGCCCACAACGGCCACAGAACCCUCGAUGGAAGCGGUCACAGGCGGCACGGCUUCGUCAAGCGAGAGCACGCCUUCCCCUCCUGCUAGCACGAGCAGGGAUGUGGAUGCCGUCCCUGUGGCCACCAUCACCACAGCUGCGAGCAGCACACCCAUCGUGCGUCGCUAUGGGGACACGGCAGAGAGCCGUAUCGACCUUGUGUGCGUCAAGGACAGCGUGCUCGACGGUGGAGUGCAGGAGUGCACGAAGGACCGUAGUGCAGUGGCCACCACGGUAGUCAGCCCGGAAGACCAACGCGCUGAUGAAGGAGCAGAAGCAGCCACCUACCGCGGAGAGGGAGAGGUAGUGAGGUCGACCUCCAUGACCGCGCCAGCAGUCAUCCGAGACGCAAGCUUUGCCAGCAUUCAGGCAGACGUCAUGAAGGCUGCCACCGCCGCCGCCGCCGAGACAAGUUGGACCUCACCUGGCAAUUUUCGCCUCCGUGAAGCAUUCAUCGACGUGAGCCGCUCCACGCUGUCUUCACGCGCGCCAUGGUUCCAGGACUAUAAAUGUGUGAGCCGGGUGCAAUGCCCAGACUGCCACCAACCGUUGGGCUUUGUGUUCUGCAUCUCCGACGCAAAGGAGCAGCAGCAGCGCUCGUCACGUGAAGUAGCGGCGCCGCUUGAAACUACACUGCAGACGCAGGGAGUGAAGCGGCCAGCCACGUCGGAGGCAGAUGAGACAGGCAGCACUGACGACACUGCAGCCUCACCAAACGCCAGCACUGUCGACCGUAGUGACACCGACCCAGCCAUCGCUCCGCUGACGGAAGCGACGCAGCUGCCGCAUGCAAAGAAGACACGAAAUGAAAAAGACGCACAAGCGGCAGCGUCGGCCAGUACGUGGCACACGUGGCAGGAAGCGCAGCUACACCGGCAGCGCAGUGGCGCUGAAGAGUGCCAGGGGGGAUGCGGUAAUGAGGUGGAGGACGAGCGACGAGGCAGCGCGGACGAGGAUGACGACAACGACCAGGAGGCAGCCCCUGAUCGGUUCAUCGGACUCGAACUGAAGCGCAUUGUUCAGCGCCAAUGGACCCUGAGCGUCUUUCACGAACGUUACAGCAAGUCGCGUCAUCUGCACACCUUUCGCGAGUUAUUUCCCGAAGCUGAGGAGCUGCAGAGCCUGUAUAGCCGCCUGCUCGGCUUGCGCACCCAGACGGAGCUUUACAGUAGUCUGCUGCGCCGGCACAAGGAGCAAAACGAUGUGCAGAUGGCACUCUUGAUGAGCAACAAGGAUCGCAUGCACACGUACGACGAGAAGGUCAAGACAAUGCAGCAGAUCAUCGAGGCACAGCGGGCGCAGAUUGCCAUGCAGACGCGGCAGAUUCGAAAUCAAGAAGAGCUUGUGCAGAGCCAUAGGCGGCAAUUUGCCACUCAGAAGCGGCAGAUGGAUGUGGAGCAGCUCCUCCUCGUGCAGCAGAGCAAAACCAUCGAGUCCCAAAAGGAGCAGCUACGCUUGCUCAAGGAUCACUUCCAGGCAACACGGCCUGAGGUGUUGCUGGACGCGCGGCUGAGAAUCAACCCUUGCCCAUACCCCUUGCUCAGCCGCCUCCCACCCAGCGACACUGGCGAUGCAGAGGCGUCGCAAGUUGUCGAAGCAACCUCGCUGCUUCGCCAACUCUCAGCGAGAGGUCAGUGCUGCGAAGAGGCAGACCAUGAUUGGGCUGACACAGAGGAAGAAGAAGAGGCGAAGGCAGAGGAAUGGGGAGAAGGCGACAGUCGGACUCCACAGACUGUGGCAGCGUCCGCGCGCCUCUCUGUUGCGCCUUCAGGAACACCGCCAGCGCACCUCUGCGGUAUCCCAACGUCGUCCGCGACCCGCCACCUUGGAACUCCCUCCGAGGAUGACCAGACGUUAGCUCACGCAUCGCGCCAACUUUCUUCCUUCGGCUCUGAUUAG